CUUCACAUUCUCUCAAAUAUUCUAGUGUCAAAGUUGCACAAAACGACCAAAACAAACACCUUGGACCUCGUUCUUUACAUCUGCUGCCAUUAGUUUCCCCAUAAAGAGCAUUUGCCGCCCCACCUCAUCUACACACAUAAAGACAUCAAAGUUUCAUAGGAAACAGUAAAAAAACAUUAUAAAUUCAGAAGAAAAACCAUUAAACAGACAGAGAAUAUAGCUCACAACUUCGGUAACAAAACCACUUCGCUUGUGAUGUUUAGUUUGGUCUAUGAUAAUUAGUUACCAUGUUUCUGCUUCGCCAAUGUUUUGUUCUAAUCUCCCUUACCCUUUUCCAAGCUUCUUCACCAGCCUCAUUACCUUCAUCAGCAGUUGACCUUCUCAAGUUCCAAGAUAGUCUUCCGUUACUUUCUCAAAAGCUCUUGCCAUGGAACCAAUCAAGCUCAUCUUCCUCUCAUUGCCAAUGGCCUGGAGUUUCUUGCUAUCCCAACAAAAGUUUUCAAGUCAAGGCCUUAAACCUGUCAGGAUAUGGUCUUUCUGGUGUCUUAAACAACUCCAUUUCUUAUCUCUGCCGCCAUAAACAUUUGGUCUUACUUGAUCUUAGUGGAAACCAUUUCACCGGUGUUAUUCCUCACUUGCUUGCAAACUGUGGUCAACUCAAUACCAUUCUUCUCAAUGACAAUGGCUUUUAAGGUUCAAUUCCUGCUGAUGUUUUCAAAUCAAAGAAGCUUGUACAGUUAGACUUGGGCUACAACUCUCUUUCUGGUAAUAUUCCUCCUGAGGUAAGCUUUUGCACCAACCUUAAAUACUUGGGGUUGUAUAACAAUUAUUUGAGUGGAGCGGUUCCAAGUGAAAUAUUCUGUCUGCCAAAGUUGAAUUUUCUGUAUCUUAACACAAAUAACCUAACAGGGUCGUUGCCAAAUUUCUUACCUUCCUGCGCAAUCUCUGUUCUUUGGAUUCAUGAGAAUGCAUUUUCUGGAUCUCUUCCUUUUACUCUCAGUAAUUGCCAAAACCUUACUGUGUUUAUCGCCUCUCAAAACAAUUUUGAAGGAGUCAUUGCACCAGAGAUUUUCAAGGGUCUUUUGCAACUUGAAGUUCUUUAUCUUGAUGGAAACAAACUUGAAGGGGAAAUUCCAGAAACUUUAUGGGGUCUUGAAAAUUUACAAGAGCUUGUUCUUUCAGGGAACAAGCUGAAUGGCUCAAUAUCUGAGAGGAUUUCUCAAUGCACUCAGCUUAUGACCAUUGCUCUUUCUGGUAAUAAUCUUGUUGGUCGUAUUCCUAGAUUAGUUGGAACUCUCCAAUAUUUGACCAAUCUAAUUCUCUUUGACAACAAGCUUGAUGGCUCAUUACCUGCUGAGCUUGGAAAUUGCAGUUCACUUGUUGAAUUUAGGCUUCAGAAUAACCUUAUAGGAGGGAACAUCCCUCCUGAAAUAUGUGAUCUUGAGAAUCUUGAGGUUCUUUUCUUGUCCAAUAACUUUAUUGAAGGCCAUAUUCCAAGGCAGAUAGGGAGAUUGAGCAACCUUAAAAUAUUAGCUCUGUAUAGCAAUAAUUUGAGUGGUAUAAUCCCAUCUGAAAUCACCAAUUUUACAAAACUCACUUAUCUUUCAUUUGCUCAUAAUGAUCUUACUGGUGAGGUACCAUUUGAUCUUGGGAAAUAUUCUCCAGAUCUUGAUAGACUCGACCUAACCUCGAACCACCUUUACGGACCAUUUCCUCCUAAUGUAUGCAAUGGCAAUAAUCUGAGAGUUCUGACCCUUGGGGACAACAGGUUUAAUGGAAUCUUUCCAGUUGAGAUUGGCAAGUGUUUGUCUCUAAGGAGGGUGAUUCUUAGUAACAAUCUUCUAGAGGGGAGUAUACCAACCGAUUUGGAGAGGAACUCUGGGAUUUCUUACUUGGAAGUUAGAGGAAACUUGAUUGAAGGAAAAAUACCUGCAGUGUUUGGUUCUUGGAGCAAUCUAUCAAUGAUUGAUUUUUCAGGGAACAAAUUCUCUGGCUCUAUACCUCCUGAGCUUGGAAAGCUUGCAAAUCUUCAAGCCUUGAGACUUUCUUCUAAUAAUUUAACGGGAAGCAUCCCCUCUGACCUCGGUCAUUGCAGAAAGUUAAUUAAAAUGGACUUGAGUAAGAAUCAGUUGUCAGGAAAAAUUCCUCCAGAGAUCACUUCAUUGGAAAAAUUAGAAAGCCUUCUCCUUCAAGAGAACAAACUUAGUGGAGCUAUUCCUGACUCCUUCUCUCCUCUUCAAGGUCUCUUUGAAUUGCAGCUUAGCAGUAACAUGCUUGAAGGUCCUAUUCCUUGCAGUUUGAGUAAGAUCAACCAUUUUAGUUCAGUUCUUAAUCUGAGCUAUAAUAAGCUUUCUGGUAAAAUCCCUGGGUGCCUUGGCAAUCUAGACAAGUUACAGAUUCUUGAUCUCUCAUGCAACAGCUUCCAUGGUGAGAUGCCGACAGAACUCAACAACAUGAUUUCCCUUUACUUUGUCAACAUAUCAUUCAAUCAACUCUCUGGCAAGCUUCCAACUUCAUGGAUGAGAAUAGUGGCUUCAUAUCCAGGGUCAUUUCUUGGAAAUCCUGAACUUUGUUUGCUAGGUAAUGAUGCAAGAGACUGCAAGAAUGUUAGAGAAGGCCAUACAAGAAGGCUUGACAGGCAUGCGUUGGCUGGUGUCAUUAUAUGUGUUGUUAUCUCUAUGGCAUUGCUUUGUUCUGUGGUUUACAUAAUAGGGGUUCGAGUCCUUCAACAUAAAUAUCACCGUGAUCAAUCACUUCUUCGUGAAUGUCGAUCUCAUACUGAAGAUUUGCCAGAAGAUUUACAGUUCGAAGAUAUAAUGCGUGCUACAGAAGGCAGGAGUGAGGAAUAUGUAAUUGGGAGAGGCAAGCACGGCACAGUUUACAGGACAGAAUCUGCAAACUCCAGAAAGCAUUGGGCUGUCAAGAAGGUGAGCUUGUCUGGGGAUAACUUUAGCCUUGAAAUGAGAACUUUGAGCACAGUCAGGCAUCGAAAUAUCGUGAGAAUGGGGGGUUACUGCAUUAAAGAUGGUUAUGGGUUCAUUGUAACUGAAUUCAUGCCUGGAGGAACAUUAUUUGAUGUCCUACACAGACAUGAACCACGCAUGGCUUUGGAUUGGGACACCCGAUAUCGCAUUGCUCUUGGUGUUGCACAAGGCCUUUCUUACCUUCAUCAUGAUUGCGUGCCACAAAUCAUUCAUAGAGAUGUCAAAUCAGAUAACAUUUUAAUGGAUUCUGAAUUGGAACCCAAGGUUGGAGAUUUUGGGAUGUCAAAAAUGCUUCUUGAUUCUGAUUCAAGCUCGACGAGGUCUAAAAUUGUAGGAACUCUAGGUUACAUGGCACCAGAAAAUGCAUACUCAAUCCGAUUGACAGAGAAAGUCGAUGUAUACAGCUAUGGAGUCAUUCUGUUAGAGAUUGUUUGCAGAAAAUUUCCAGUAGACCCCAGCUUUGAAGAAGGUCUGGAUAUCGUUUCCUGGACGAGGAAGAAGCUGCAAGAGAAUGAUGAAUGUGUUUGCUUCCUUGAUAGAGAAAUCAGUUUCUGGGAUAGAGAUGAGCAACAGAAGGCUUUGAAACUGCUAGAAUUGGCACUUGAGUGCACUGAAUCAGUGGCUGAUAAGAGACCAUCCAUGAGAGAUGUAGUGGGUUCUCUUAUAAAAUUGCAUGAUAAGCAUGAAAGAAGUGUAAAUAACGGAAACAAUUCGAACAAAAAAAUCUUAUAUCCUUCCUGAGUCCUGACCUGUUACAGAAAGUCAGGUUUUCAUCAUGGCUCUCUUACACAGACCCUGUAUUGUUGCAUGCUGAAUAUGCGUGAAAUAUGAAGAGCUAACUUUGAGCUUUGAUGCUUUCCAUGUGCCAAAAAAGAUGAUAAGGAUUGAUCAUUAGCGCACAACAAGCAGCUAUUUUUUCGCUGUGCUCCUUCCAAAUGCCUCUAAUAACUGUCGUCAAGGUGAGGGGGGAGGCUUGUCCUGCCUGAGCACAGCAAAUCAAACAAUAUAGAAGCACCAACUAGUUCCCAGAUAAAAUCAUAUCGACUCAGGACGAUCCAUGAGCGAGCAGGCAGCUUAUCAUCAUCUCAAAUGAAAACUUCUAUAGUUGCAUCUGCAAUAAUGGUGUGCAUUAUUUACAGCAAUCACAAGUGACAAAAUGUCCAGUUACCAAGACGAAUCCACACUCACGGGGAUGAUAUGGUACACCAAAUAAUACGACAAUCAUUAGAAACUAACCACCCGUUGCUAAAAAAACCCAGUAUCUUUUAAGACAUGCUGUAUAAAUACUUUUGCAACAUCUUACAUAAUAAUAUCAACCACAUAAAAUUUGAAUAAUCAUACAUUGCCAAUCAUCCAAUAGAGAUCGCAAUCUUGCCUCUUCAGGAAGACUCUUUAAACUGAUUGAGUAUUACCAAACAGAGUUAGGACUCAUGAUUAUUCUUUAACAAGGAGACAAAAUCCAUAUA